AUGCAGUCACUUCCAGGGGCCUUCCUUAAGAAAUUAAUGAUGGCAAAUGUGAAUGCUAGGAGUGUCAAAUGUAUGUCCACUGACCAGGAAGUUUUCUAUUAUGGUGUAGCCAACCUGGACACUGACUCUGAUACCAGCAAUGUAAUUCAUCCACUGGACCUGAUAACUGCCCUGUUUCUGUGCUCAGAUGGUUUCCUGCAGCAGGAGAUGGUCCAGAAAAUGUCCAUGUGUCAGUUUGCUGUUCCUCUCCUGCUGCCAAACUGUGACACAAAACAAAGCACUUUGAUGCUGUGGGCCUUGAGGGACAUAGUGAAGAAGUUUAGACCCUCUUCACAAACAGCCACAAAUGCUUUCGUGGAGGAGAGAAUAGUUCUCUCUGAUAUUCCUAUGGUGUCUUUUGUUAGGCUAGGAGAGAGCAGCUUGUCCAAGUCUCAGAUUUUGAACAAGUUGCUUAGUAACCCUCAACAGUACCAUGAUACAUUUGUUCAUCAUGAUAUGGAAUGUGGCGAUGUCCCUCGGCAAAUCUCAGAUGGUCUAGUUGAAAUCAGCUGGUACUUUCCAUCUGGGAACAGAAACAUAGACAUGUUCACUAAGCCUGUCGCUGUGGCCAAUCUCAGAGGAGACAUCAGGUCCUUUGAAAAACAGUUCUCCUUUCUGUGUCAAACAUCAGCUGCAGUUUAUAUUUUCAUUGAUGACUUCGAGGCAGAUCUCAAGGUUUUGGAAGGAAAAAGCACAAAAGCAGAGUUAUUUCUGGUUGUCAACUCUCAGAGAAAAAAAUUCAAGGUGGAUACAUUGAAGAAAAUGAUCGCACAAUACAGUAUCAAAGAAACAAAUGUGAUUUUGAAAAAGAAGCAGAAUGAUGCAGAAUUUGUCAAAACCCUGCAGUCAAUUGUGGGUGACAUCAUCAAAAAAAGUAAAAACAGAUUGACAAUUGAAAACAUGGCUGCCGUGGCUCAUCAGUUUGGGAUUCUGAUUGAUGAAGAUGGUGAGUGUCAGAGUGCCAAGACCAUGGCAGAUGAAAUCACCAGGAACAUCACAGACACAAUUAAAUUCAAAGAUGAACAGCUACCCUUACAAGGCCAAAUCUGGAAAGAGCUUUCCCAGUUAGAAAAAGAGAGGUGUAGGUUGAGAAAAGCAGGGGAUCAAGACAUUGAACACUACAAGAGCUCUCUUAAGAAAAAGCAGGCGGAGUUGAGAAAGAAGCAACAUAAACUUGACAUGUCAGAUGCAAUGACAAGCUUCAUUUUCGGAAUGUCAAAAUCAGGACCUGAGCGAUCCUAUUUCCUCAAGUGGAUGCGGAUAAAUCUGGACAAUCUGUCACGGCAGAACCUGUCUGGUUUGCGGGACCAGUACAAAGAUCUUUGCCAACAUUCUCCGGAGAAAAAAGAUGACAUUAAAGAUUUGGAUAAGCAAUUAUCUGACUGUUCCUUAGGUCUUGAACACUUCCUACGUGAGUUGGGCCAGUUAUAUGAAGCUGCCUGCUCCCUCCCUGAACGUAGCCAACAAAGGAAACAGAUGGAGCAUCUCCCUGGGUUGUGUGCUCAGAUGCUGUUGGAUGGCUCCCCUGUUGAGCUUGUGGAUGGAGAUGCAUCAAAUAUCCCUCUGAAAUGGAUAUCAGCUGUACUGACUCAGCUUCAUACUCUUGUCCAAUCCAACAGCAAGAUCCGGGUGGUCACAGUUUUAGGGGUCCAAAGCACUGGGAAGUCCACUCUCCUCAACACCAUGUUUGGGGUCCAGUUUGCUGUCAGCAGUGGAAGAUGCACCAGGGGUGCCUUCAUGCUACUGAUUAAAGUCAACAAAGAACUCAAGGAGGAACUGAAAUGUGACUUCAUCAUGAUCAUUGACACAGAGGGGUUGAAAUCACCAGAGCUGGCUCAACUAGAUGAUAGCCAUGAACAUGACAAUGAACUGGCCACACUGGUGAUAGGACUCAGUGAUGUCACUAUUAUCAACAUCGCCAUGGAGAACUCCACAGAGAUGAAAGACAUUCUACAGAUUGUUGUUCAUGCUUUUAUCAGGAUGAAGGAAGUGGGGAAGAAGCCAGUAUGUCAUUUUGUGCACCAGAAUGUGUCAGACAUGUCUGCUCAUGACAACAACAUGAGGGACAGGAAGAAGUUGUUGGAACAGUUGAAUGAAAUGACCCAGGCAGCAGCCAGAAUGGAGAAGAAGGAGAAUAUCACCAAGUUCACUGACGUGAUGGACUAUGAUCCAGACACAAGCAGCUGCUACAUCCCAGGACUCUGGCAUGGGACUCCCCCUAUGGCUCCAGUCAAUGCUGGCUACAGUGAGGCGGUGUACAGCUUCAAAAAGACCUUGAUGGAAGAUUUCAGAAAAUGCCAGAGAAAUGAUGAUUUGACACAUUUCUGGAAGUGGACACAAUGCUUGUGGGAGGCAGUGAAAUUUGAGAAAUUCAUCUUCAGUUUCAGAAACAGCUUGGUUGCAGAUGCAUACUCCAGAUUAUGCUCGGAGUACAAUGGUUGGGAAUGGGCCUUCCAGAGGGAGAUGUAUACAUGGAUGGUGGGUGCUGAAACUAAAAUAUCCAAUAUUGGCUUGACAGAUCAAUUUCCCCAGAGGUCCUUAAAAGAUGUGCAAAAAGACUUGAUGAGAGAAGCAUCUGAGAAGCUUGCAAAGGGAGAAAAGGAAAUCCAAGACAAUCUAGUAAAAUACUUUAAAAAGCAAGAUGGCCAUGUCAAUCUGGUGGAAAAAUACAAGGAGGACUUUGUGUGUAGUGCUAAAACACUGAGACGAGAGACAGAAAACACAGUGAAGAACAAACUGCAAGGAGCUGUUGACAUCAAAGAGGGAAUGACAGAACUGAACAACAUCAAGAGCUCUCAGACAAGUAAAAUGGAAAAGAAGGUUUUGACUCUGCUGCAGAACUGUACACAGAACAAAUCUGGUCUAUCAGAUGAGGCCCUCAGUGAAGAGUUUGAAAACAUGUGGAGGAACACUCUGUCUGAGAUUCACUUCAAAACACUCCCAAGAAGAGAUGUGGCUCAAGAUGCCUUCCUCAUGUUACUUGAUAAUCUGUUAACGAGGGGGAGUCAUGUCAAAAGUCUGUUGGUUGGAACCAGACUGGUGGAUUGUGGGAGAAAAGCCUUUGUUUUGGAAUCAGAGAGUUGGUGGCAGCAGGCUAAAAGCAUAGCAAAGCACGUGGGUCGCGACCAUCGCAGGAAUAAACUACAAGACCUCUGUGAUGACAUCAUAAAACAGUGUCAGGAGUUUAUAACCCAGAGGGUGAAAAGCAAAACAGAUUACCAUGACACUCACAUCAAAGAACUGCUUAGAAUAAUUGACAAAACAUUGCUACAACACACACAAGUUAAAGCCAGUGAGGAAUGUGAGGUUUCUCUGAAGCUACACAUCUGCGGCAGAGCAGCCAGAGCGUUUCAGAAGAUGCAUGAUGAUUUCAUUGAAGUCAAUGACCCAAGGAAAUAUCUGGAAAAUUCUAAGAACAAGUACCUUACUGAGUUCAGAGACUUGUUUCAUAACCGACCAGUGUCUAAAGAAAGCUAAGGACUUCACAAGCUCUGUCUAGAGCCAGCUGUACAGGAUUAUGUGACCAGAUUGAUUGGUCCUGAUGUGGUUGAGGAAGUGAAGACCAGUAAAGUGUUAGCGGAUUACAGCACCCGAGGAGCUUUCCAGUUCUCCAUUUUGAAACAGCUCCUGGCUGAUGAAGGAUAUGAGAAAUAUAGAGAGUACAUUAACCAUUAUGAAAGGUUUGUGAAGGACUGGCUGUUUGACCAAAUUGUCCAACGACUUUCAAAGGAGAACAGUCUUUAG